GUACUCAUUCUCACUGUUCAAAAUUAUAACCCCAUCACUUCUCUAUGUCCGUUUCUACAGGCUCCAUCUUUUUCCCUCACUCAUUGAUUCCACUGUUUUUCUUUUAGUCUUUUCUUGAUUGCUUCUCUUUUUUCUUUCUACUUUAGCAACAAUAAUAGGAACUGCUAAAAAGCGCACAUAUAGAUAUGGCCGCUGCUCUGGUGACUCUCUUUGUCCUCACUUUUGCUGUGGCCUUGUCAACCACUGCUGCAGAUCCUGAUUUGCUCCAAGAUCUUUGCGUCGCCGACCUCAGUUCCACUGUGAAAGUCAAUGGAUUCCCCUGCAAGGAAAAUGCAACAGUAGAGGAUUUCUCCUCAGACAUUUUGGCUAAACCAGGAAGCACAAACAAUACCUUGGGUUCACUGGUAACGGGUGCCAAUGUUGAGAAAAUCCCAGGUCUAAACACUCUUGGUGUCUCACUUUCCCGCAUUGACUAUGCCCCUGGAGGCCUUAACCCACCUCACACUCAUCCUCGCGCCACUGAAAUGGUUUUUGUCCUGGAGGGUGAGCUAACUGUUGGCUUCAUAACAACUGCCAACAAACUGUUCACAAAGGUCAUCAAGAAGGGUGAGACUUUUGUGUUCCCAAAAGGGUUGGUACAUUUUCAGAAGAACAAUGGAAAUGUGCCUGCUGCUGUUAUUUCCGCAUUUAACAGCCAGUUUCCAGGCACUCAAUCCAUUGCUCUAACAUUGUUUACUGCACAACCAUCAGUGCCUGAAAAUGUCUUGACCAAGGCUUUCCAGAUUGGUACCAAAGAAGUUGAGAAGAUUAAGUCCAGACUUACUCCCAAGUAGAGAUAUUGAGACUUAAUUUACUAUUUCUAUUACUGAUACAUUGCUCUAUACUUCGGCUUUUCAGGUUGUGAUAUCUAAGUGGGUGGAAUUCUGUAUUUCAGUUUCAAUCUCUGUUCAGAAUAAAACACAUGUUCUAUUUUCUUA